UGUUCACACACACACACACACACACGAAUAGUUUUUGGAUUUUUACGCAACGCGGUAAUGAGCUUAGUAGUAGCUUCAGUUAUCCACCACGGAGUUCUCGCUCCGGCGAAAUCGGAUCGGAUCUUUCUCAGCAUUCCGGUGAUUCCGCCGCAUCUCCGAGCUCGUGGAUGGACUCAGUCUCGCCUCGCAAAUCCUUGUCUCGGUUCAGCUGCGAAUGCGAAUGGUCGUCGUCUCCUUCGAAUUGCCUGCUCCCGAGGAACUGAUCAGGAAGAUGAUGUUUCUUCUUCUUCCUCAGAGAAGGAGAAGAGAGAUCUUCUACCACACAAAGAUGAAGAUGAUUUUAAUAAUAAUCGACAAGAAGAGACAAACAAAACUUCCUUCACGACUGUUGCCUUGUGUGUAAGCGCUGCCGUGGCAUUUGGUAUCGGGAUAGGUUUGAAGGAAGGUGUUGACAAGGCGUCAGAGUUUUUUGCAGGCUACUUGUUGGAGCAAAGCUUGUCAGUGGACAACUUGUUUGUUUUUGUUCUCGUCUUCAAGUACUUCAAAGUGCCACUCAUGUACCAGAAUCGGGUGCUUACCUAUGGUGUAGCUGGUGCAAUUCUCUUCCGCUUCUCCCUCAUAUUACUAGGAACAGCCACUCUUCAGAGGUUUGAAGCAGUCAACCUACUGCUUGCUGCAUUACUUUUAUAUUCGUCUUUCAAGUUAUUUUCAAGUGAAGAAGAUGAUACAGAUCUAUCUGACAACUUCAUUGUAAAGACAUGCCAGAGAUUUAUUCCUGUCACAUCAAGUUACGAUGGAAAUCGGUUUUUCACUAAGCAUAAUGGUAUUUGGAAAGCCACACCAUUGCUACUCACAGUUGCGGUGAUCGAGCUCAGUGACGUAGCAUUUGCUGUUGACUCAAUACCUGCUGUUUUUGGCGUCACUAGGGAUCCUUUUAUUGUCUUGACCUCUAAUCUGUUUGCAAUCAUAGGACUGAGGUCUCUCUAUACCCUGAUUUCUGAAGGAAUGGGGGAGCUGGAAUACUUGCAGCCAUCAAUAGCAGUUGUUCUUGGCUUCAUCGGAUGCAAGAUGAUCCUCGAUUUCUUUGGCUUCCAUGUAUCAACCGAGGCAUCACUGGGUAUCGUGGCACUUUCUCUAAGCACCGGAGUUUUGUUGAGCCUAACAAAAAAAUCCAGCGACAGCUAGCUAAGAGAACGGGAACAGCUUCCCAGAUGUAGUCAAUCAAACAGUACUCAAGCACAAACAUCCCAUUGUUUAUUUUAAAUCAUGACAUAUGUAUUGCUGUAGAAAACACACACAGCUUCAGAGAACAAGAUCGUUAGAUCCAAACUUGAUUGUUUUGAGACGAGUUGGCUCUUCUUUGAAAGUGAGGAAAUGAGAAUGAUGAAAGUGUAUUAUAACA